AAGUCUAUAAAUAUGACAGCAGACCAGAAGCUAUUGCCAGACUUCCUGCACUCCAUCAAAAGACAUCGAAACCAGCAGAGGUGCUAACUACAUGUUGUGUGUGUGUGUGUGCAUUCCCAUCAUUCAUUGCAGGCCCUGGCGUACUUUCAAAGGCGGGCUCGGACUGGACUCCGCCUCAGGUCCACCAAACCUUGUUUGGACGCCAAUAUUGGACAUUUCUUCUGGACAAGACAUCAAUUUCCACUUCCUGAGAGUUCCUGGCACCUGGUCCCCCCGGCAUGAAGCUCAUUAUUGCCUUGGUCUUGGCCAUGGGAGUCCCCAGCGGGCACCUGGGUGGCACCACUGCCAGCCUGGGUGACAACUAUCCCACUGACACACAAUGUAAGACCUCAGCCAAGGCCGACAUCGUGCUGCUGAUCGACGGCUCCUGGAGUAUCGGCCGCCUCAACUUUAAAACAAUUCGCAUCUUCAUCGCUCGCUUGGUCAGCACCUUUGACAUCGGCCCCGAUGAUGUCCAGAUCGGUCUGGUUGAGUACAGCGGAGAGCCUACCACCGAGUGGCACCUCAACGCUCACCCCACCAAGGCGUCCCUACUGAAGGCCGUGGCCAACCUGCCUUACAAAGGAGGCAACACCAUGACUGGGGUGGCUCUGAACUACAUCCUCCAGUACAACUUCCGACACUACGCGGGAAUGCGCCAGGACUCUCGUAAAAUGGUCAUCCUGCUCACAGACGGAAAGUCACAGGAUGAAGUCGUCAGCCACUCGCAGAACCUGAAAGAGACCGGCAUCGAGCUAUACGCCAUCGGUGUGAAGAACGCGGACGAGAAUGAGCUUCGGUCCAUCGCCAGCGACCCCCUUGAGACUCACAUGUACAACGUCGACGACUUCCAGUUACUGCUGGACAUCGUGGACGACCUCACCCUCAACCUGUGGAACAGCAUCAAGGGCUCAGGCGUGGAUGGAAGCGUCACCGAGGAGUGGUUGUUGUGCAAGAGCAGCCUGUGCAACGGGGCCCCCUGCCAACCCGGGGCCUCGGCCCUGCUCCUGCUCGCCGCCAUAUUGACUCUGCUGGUGGAAGCGCUGCAGUGAAACAGCCGCCACAAGUCACCUGAUCAACAACACCCGAGUGUCCCAUUUUUUACCUUUUGAUGCAAUCACAAAUUAAAUCACUACAGUUUGAGUAAGAGAAUCUGGAGGAAUGAUAUUACGUACCUUGGAUCCCUCAGGCGCUACUGCAUCCAAAAGCCGCAUCAGCAUGUAAAGGAUAUCACCACAUGGGCUCAGGAACACUUCAGAAAACCACUGUCAGUAACUAUAGUUGCUCGCUACAUCUGUGAGGGCAAAUUGAAACUACUAUGCAAAGCCACAGACAUUUAUCAACAACACCCAGAAACAUGAUAUAUAUGUUUGUAGGUAUAUAAAGGUAUAUACAGUAUAGGUAUAUAUUUAUAUAGGAUUUAUAUGCAUUGUCAAAUGUUAA